GGGAGGAGGACGUGUCGGUACCACGGGAAUUUUCGUUCUCGAACUCGCGUAUUUGUGGAAACUGUUUUCAUUGGUGUCAUUUGCAUACGUGAAGUGAAAUCUGAUUAAGUUACGGUGUGAUGUGAAUUUGUACUAUUUACCUCACUAAAUAAAUGGGAUUCGGUGAAUAAUUAGUGACUAAUUUACUAGUGUUGAUUACCAUUUUGGAUUUUGUUUCUAUGGUGUGAUGCGCGCGCGCAUGUGAGGCGAUGGCGCGCGGGAGCGUGCUGCUCGUGCUAUGGGUGGUCGCCGUCGUCGCGGAUAAACAUGAUGAGCCAAGCUCAACAGAACCAGAACAUAGUACAGUCGCUCCAACACCACCAAUACCACUAAGGCCUGAAUACGCACAUCCAGCUGGCGUAGAAGCAUUAGAUCCAUAUAAUUCAGAGAAGAACAAUCCUCCGCCACAUCACAGAGAUUAUUUAGAAGAAGAUUAUGAUCAUGAGUCUCAUAAAGAAGAUGAACAUGAGAAUAGAGAUGAUGCAGAUGAACUGCCUUCUUUAUCAGGAGAUCAUUUACUGCAAAGUUCAACAGAUGACCUUCCAAUGUUCUUACUAGAACCGCAACACGCUUAUGUAGUUCGUAACAAACCAGCAAUGCUAAGGUGUCGUGCAGCGAACGCCUUGCAAGUUUACUUCAAAUGUAAUGAUGUACGUUCGGUUGGAAGUACGCAAUUUGAGUUUGUUGACCCUCAAAGCGGUGUGAGGAUUGUUGAAGCGGAGUGUAAUGUAACGAGGGAUCAUUUGGACGAAUAUUUUGGUGGAGAUGGGUUCUCGUGUACUUGCCACGCGUGGAGCAGUCGAGGAGAUAUAAGAAGUCAACCGGCUAUUGUAGAAUUAGCAUAUCUCAAGAAGCAGUUCGCGGUGUCACCAUCCCCAACGUCAGUGGAAGCAGGGUCGGCUGCAUCCCUCCGCUGCUCACCACCAGCCGCUGUCCCGCCCCCAAGAGUCUCCUGGCUGAAACAUGGACAGCCAUUGCAGCAAGAUCACAAUGUGCUCAUAUCUGCUGAAGGAAACUUGCUCAUAUCAAGAGCUACUUUACAGGACAUGGCGAAUUACAGUUGCGUGGCUGAAAACAUAGCGGGCAAGAGAGUUUCAGAAUCUGCUACACUGACCGUUUAUGUAAACGGCGGUUGGAGCCAAUGGGGUCCGUGGACGCAAUGUAGGUGCAACGGCCGAGUGGCGGGGCAGCGUCGUUCAAGAACCUGUACGGAACCUCAUCCCCUCAAUGGGGGAGCGCCUUGCCAGGGGCAGAGCGUUCAGAAGACCGCUGAUUGUGUUCUGUGUCAAAGUGAUGGAUACAACAUGGAUCUUCAAGUGUAUGACAAUACACAACAACUCUUAAUUGCUUCGCCUGGCCGUUGGGCAGUCUGGACGGAAUGGUCGGUCUGCGGCUCCGACUGCAGGCAGACAAGACGACGCGCCUGUAUGGGGGACGCGUGCUCUGGCGCUCAAGUCCAGCAUGCAGACUGUGUUGGCGACUACUGCGGGGUGCAUGGAGUUGCUGCCCACAGUGAUAUUCCUCUAUACAUCGGCAUAGCCGUUGCCGUGGUGGUGUUUUUGGCUGGUGCAGCUGUUGUGUACAAGUUACUGCAGAGGAAGACACGAGACCACUCGCUAUAUACUAUGACUAGGACUGAUUUCCAACCGGAGAUGUACCCGACUGUGGAGAAGCAAUCCCUGUCACUGGCACCUGACCUGAUGCAGCACCGGCCUCCGAGAUACGAGCACCCACCGCCGGACCCCAGGACUGAACAUCAUUAUGACGUUCCCCAUCUUACCAAUAGUUACGCGUCUCCAGUGGACCAUCAAGUGACUUCGUGCGCCUCGAGCAAGGGCCAAAGCGACGAGUAUGACAGCAAGCCGUACACCGAGUCAGAACACUCGGCGUCCAGUUGCUUCACUAGUUCGGGAUCAAUGUACGACGCAGCAAAUGAGUCAGUGACACUCCAACUAGCGGAACUCGUCUCGAACUCACCCAUUUCGCAAUCACUAGCAGUAUCCAGCGCUGGAGCAAGACUCGCUCUACCGGCCGCUGGGGUGGCGUUAUCCAUACCAGAAGGAGCCCUGAGUAGGGGACGCAGGGAACAAAUCUAUUUGGCUGUUGUGAAAGACGAUAGAUACAGAUCGAGAUUCGGAAAAGGUAUCACGCAACUCAGCCCGGUAGUUAAGUGCGGCCCGCCUCGUCUCCAGCUUAAUAAGUCGGUUAUCCUUCAAAUACCACACUGCGCUAGUCUCAAGCACGGCUUCUGGAACCUUGCCCUGUAUGCCAUAGACCACAACACAGCAAAGACAGACUUGCAACCACAAUGGAAGAAAAUUGUCAACCUGGGACAGGAAACGAUCAACACGCCAGUUUUCACACAAUUGGACACGGACAAAAUAUUCCUCGUAACAGACAUGCUAUCCACCUUUGUACUAGUCGGCGAAAGUUUUAAUGGAAAAGCCGUAAAGACUCUCCAACUAGCCGUCUACGCACCUGCCUCAUUAAACGACUCCUGUACGGAAUACAGCAUACGGCUAUAUGUGUUCGAGGACACGCCGUGCGCUCCGUAUUAUUGCCAGGAACAGGAGAAGAAGUUAGGCGGUGUGCUACUCGAACGCCCCAAAACUUUGUUGUUCCAAGACGGAGGAUCGAAUUUGUGUUUGAACUUAGACCAUUUAAGCCCGGGCUGGAAAGCUAAACCGGGGAUAGGUUACCAAGAAAUCCCCUUCAACCACGUUUGGGGGUCGAACUACAACGCGCUGCAUUGCAGUUUCAUCCUCGAAAGGACAUAUGACUGCGAUAAUAUCGACUUCACUAUUUCAGCGUGUCAGAGAACUAAUCCAUCUUAUAAACAGACAUUCCGAAUAUUGGUAGAUGAUUUGCGAAGCCGAUCUCCCCGAGGUCGAUCCCCCCGGGAAUCGCAGCGUAGUUUUAACAUAACAGAGAAUUUAUUGGAGGCUCGAAUGUGUAGAAGCGAGGACGGGAGCGAUGGAAGCGGUAAAAGGAACGUGACUGUUAACGAAACUGGAGUGAACGAGUGCGCUGAGAGCCCAUUUAAAUUAAGCGUUCGGGUGAAGAGGCAGCUAUGUGGUAUAUUGGAUCCGCCGAACGCUCGCGGUAACGACUGGCGCGCGCUCGCCGCGAGGCUGGGAGUGGAUCGUUAUACGACGUGGUUCGCCACGAAGAGCUCGCCGACUGAAGCUAUCUUGGAGUUGUGGGAAUGCAGGGAGCGCGGCCCCGGCGCCACUGCGGGCCUCGCCGCCGCACUACGCCAAAUGGACAGGCACGAUGCGGCUGACUUACUGCAGGGGAGACCCUCCUGGUUAUGAAUUCCUAAUCAGUUCGAGUAAUCUACAUAAUACGUGAGUGUUUAAUACGGAAAUACUGAUACAAUGCAUUUCUAAGGCCUGGACAGACAACGCGCGGUUGAAGCGCGACCGGAAAUAAACGCGUGUAUAAUGUUUUGUAAUAUAAGGAAUUGUAUAAAGUGAUUGACACUAUAGGACGCUACGAUGGCUCCAUCAGCGUGGAAACUGGGUAGCUUCUUCAUUCAGAAUAUAAACUUUAACAAGUGCUUUCGAAUCGUCAAGCUGUCUGCACUUCCAGAAGAACCAUCAAGAAGCUCUGUAGUUGCUCGUUUCAAAAAUUAUUUUAUUUACAAUAUUAUGACAUGCACACAAGUAUUAUUAGUCUCGCGUGUUGCCGGAGCGAGUAAUUCAACGCUCUUUCAUAUAAUUUUUGAUUGUGGUGGGAUGAAAAAUCCAAAAGUAUAGAUUCUUUGGACUUAUACAGUUUCUUGUAUUACAAUAUCUUAGACCGUGGUUAAAAACAUUAAUGUCGCAUCUUAUAGCGGUUUCAGAAGCUUUUUCUGCGCGUAUACCGUUUAUAAACCUUUUGUGACUCGCGCAUUUCAUAUGAACUAUGAAUUUAGACGCGAGACGUGAAAAAAACCAAUGCGUAUCGCUUCUGACUGACCCUACUGGUUCUAGUAAACACGCUGGAAUGAGCGCGUGUACACGCUUUUAGUUUAUAUUGAAGUCUAGCGCGCGUACGCUAAAACGCGCAGAAAAAACGAUAGUCUGCAACCACCUUUAUGUCUGUCUUAUAAACGUUUGUUGAUAAUAUGUGUAGUUUAAAUGUUGUUUAGAGCAAAACGAAAAAGUUAGUUUCGUAGGCCGAUGGCCUUUGUAAAAUCGUGGGUAUGUAGUUUAUUUUGUAUAGAGCCUAUAUUAUAUGUAUGCUGUAGAUACGCGGGAGAGUAAAUUAUAUUAUAGUAGCAAUAAUAGUGCCUAUUUCUUAUAAAGAACGACGCCAACGAUUUUAUUUGGUAAACACGGUUGGUUGAAUUUUGUUAUUUUUUAUAAGUGUUUGAGUGUUCAAAUGUAAACUAUAAUUACUAUAAUUAUAAAGCUUGGUUCUUGUUUCUUUUGCUUAUACGAUGUAUUCUUUGUGUUCGGUUAUUAUGAUUUGAGCCAUAUAAAUGCAAUAAUUCUCCAAGUAAGACCUUCCAAGUUUUAUGCAAGUUGGGAUUUUACUAGUUGUCUUUAUUAUUAUGUAGGUAAGUAUUUAAUUAUGUACAAAUUAUGAUGAAAGUUCGCUCAUAUGCGAUUGACUAAACUAAGCUAAAUUACCAUGUCUUAGGCCCUGUAUCCACCAAACUGGAGAUGAGUUUAUUAGACCAAUGAAAUUAUUGAUAAAUUACGUGAUAAUUUUUCCACGUCAUCUUACAACAAUCUGAUUGGUCUGCUAAACAAAUCUUUGCUCAUUUCCGCUUUGGAUGAUACCGGGCGUAAAAUAGUUCUUUUCUUUUAAGUUCAUAAUGUUCCCUAACGACAAAGGAUAGUUUUAGCUAUACUCCAAGACCUAUCAGCAUCAGAUUUUUUAUAAAUAAAGGGAAAAAAUAUUAUGUUUUAUGGAAGAUUUAACUCGUGUUCCUGACUACUUGCUACAACAAGUAGUAUGGAAUUUUUAAGAAAUUCUUUACAUGUUUCGAAAUUAUAGCAGGUUCUUUGACUUGGAAUGUUACUGUAUUAAAUAUGGUUACUUAAGUCUACGUGCCAAAUUGAUAAUGCCGUAGCAUUACCUUUGGCAAUAAUAAAAUCGAAUAUGCACUAUGCUGAGCUUAAAAUUAUAAAACUCGAGGUAGUUUAGUGUUUUUGUUUAUUUUUUUACUGUAAAACGGAAAAGACUUGUGUCCAAUGCAUUUAUGUAAUAAACUAAUCUAUUAACUAAUCCAGAUUUGAGAUGUAGUGCCGAUUUAAAUCAUCAUAACCAUCAUUGCCGGCUCACUACUGAGAACGGGUCUCCUUUCAGUAUCAGAAAAGUUCCCGAUUUGAAUAAUUUGACUGGAGUAAAAACCGAUGGCAUUUAUUUGAUAAUAUUUUACAAAAUGAUUAAAUUAUAGCUAAAUCAAAACCAUAAUUUAUUAGUUUAAUCUAAAAAAGAGUUUUAUAUAGGAAAAAAUGUAAGAUUGAUAUCGGCACUAUAUCAUGGAUCAAUCUUUAAAUGUUCACUGCCCAUAAUGUCUCUGCCAAAAGUAUUUAUUUGUUCACCAUUUAUUUUUUGGAAAAAGGGAAGAACACGCAAAUAUAAAAAGGAAAGGAAAAGGAAGGAAACUGACUGACUGACAUAUCGUCGUACAGUUCAAACUGUCAGGUCUUGAAACUCAAAAUUUUGCACAUAAAGAUUUUCUGCAUAAAGUUGCCUCUAAUGAAACAGGGUUUAACUAAUACAAAUACAAAGUUUGACUCAUAUCACAACACAAGAUAGUUCAGAUCAGUUAAUAUUAGACCAAAAUUAGGUAACUCUGUCUAUCUGUUACAUUUUCACGGCCCAUCCGCUUAACGAAUUUUGACGAAAGGCAAGGCUUGCAUCUCGGAGACGGGCAUCUGUUUAUCCCCGAAAAUCAAAGUUUCCACGGGACUUUUAAAAACCUAAAUUCACACGGACUAAGUCUAUAGUAAAUACUUUUUGGCUGCGACACUUAUUUUACCUAUUCUAUGAAUAACUACUAACAUUUUUCUACUUAACGUCUGUAUAUAGGAGAAUAAUAGAUUGUAAAUACUUGUAUCGCAUUUAAUACGUAGUUUGAAAAAAGGGCUAGUAUGAGUUUUGAAAACGUUUACCCACUCGCUAGGAUCAGGAAAUUGGCAACUUCUCUGGGGAGCGUGUAAAAAAUAUUUUUUUUAUAUUCGUUUAUGUAUGAUAUAUGCAUAAAAUAACAUUUUAUUUGGUGAACUAUGUGCUUAGUAUGACAUUUUAUGUCUCGCCAACGAUGUUUGAAUUCAUGUAACAACAGUCGCUAGUCGGUGUAAAAUGGACUUAUAGGUUAAGACUAAAAAUCAAUACUAUUGUAUUUAAUUUAGCAAAGUUUACGCUUGGAGCGCUUGCUCGAGAUGUGAGCUUAAAAACAAGGUAGUUCUUUUUACUUUAACGCUAAGGUGUUUCGAUUCUCGAAAUCUAUCAACGUUGUUGAGAUGUAAAAUCUUAUACUAAGCACAUAGACGGGUGAAGGUUGACGCUAUCUCGUAUCUACUAUUAACGAAGAGGAUAGUGAAAACGUUUCCAAACUCAUAUUAACCCUUCAGAAUCAAGGCAACAAUGAUUUUGUAUAUGGACAGAUGUCACCACUGCUAGUAGACUAUAUAUAUUUUUGUUAAAGUGAUGACUAUUAAAAUAAAUGGAUCUGUGAUAAUUAAAAUAAUAUGAAAUAAAUUAUGUUUA